AGAGAACAAGAGAACAAGAGAAAACAAUCAAACAAAAAAUCAAUAGAACAAAUGAAAAAGAACCUAAGUAGAAUAAAAUUAGAGAACAAGAGGAAAAAGACUAUAAGAUGACAACUUUAUAAAACUCCAAGAGAAGAAUUUAAAAAUAAAAGCGAUGAGAAAAAGAGAAUUAUAACAACAUGUGCCAGUAAGGUGUCCCGAAGAAUAAGAAAAGAGAAUUAUAACAACAUGUGCCGAAGAAUAAGAAAAGUUCUUAAGAUUGAAAUCUGAUAUAUUUUCGUAAAACAAACUUUUCUAGUGAAAUUCUUUAAGAAUGGAAACUAAUGAAACGAAACUACUGCUUCAGAAAAGGAAAAUGUAGAUGUAGAUCUAGUUAAAGAUGGAACCCUUGAUGUUACUUACUAGUCUAGCUGUUCCUACAAUACUCAUCUGCUGGAUCUGUUGUCUUAUUUACUGUCUCUAUAAACAUAUUUCAGCCCAAGAAGCCAAGGAGGCCCAACGGUGUUCCACUGUAACUAUGAUGGUAGAAGAGAGUCGACCCAUCUCUCCUCUCUUUACUCCAUCUUUAAAGAUUAGCAGACAGGAUCCUACCUACGCCCCAGUGACGUCACAAUUCUCUAGUUCUAUGACACUAUCUGAGAUGCUUAAACAAGGCGGGGGAGGGUCACGAGGUCUCAAUGAUUCCCUUGGUCCAUCCUACUAUCCACAGUUUCCUAUUAAUGACUUUAUCGAUCCCUUACAGGCUACUCCUAAUAAGGUGCUCCCAUCUCCUAUGGCGCCCCUGCAGCCCCCCUGGCCCCACUUGCCGCCCCUUGAUGUGAAAAAGAAUGGUAGUGAGGGUAGAUCAGGGGGUCUAGGAGGGGGUCUAGCAAAUACUUUUAAUUCUACAACAUUCUCAUCAUUUCUAGCUUCACAGGCAGUGGGACUUCAAAACCGAGUACAAAGCACUAGGACAAGGCCUGAUAACAGACUGAACACAAAUUAAAAUAAACAUCUAAAAAAUAUUGGAAAAUCUCCACGUUUAACCUGAAAAAAAUGUGAUAUAUUUUAGUAAAUAAAGUUAAUACUGUAAACACCCAGACCAGUGAAAAAAAGUGUUAAAAUUUGUUUUUUGAAAGCCAAAAUUGUGAACAUUAUUAAGGUUGAUAUUACGUUAAAAUUUUUUGUAUCUUUUUUGUAAUAUUACUGAGCACAUUUAAGUAAAUUGUUGAUAUUGAAUAUUAAACAUUUAAAAUGAGAGUUAUUACUCUCCGACAAUUUUAUCAGGAAAAAAUAUUUGUUACUGUUAUAACAUAUGUAUGUUUUAGAAAAUUUGU